AGUGGUACGUGGUUAAAAACGGCAAACUCGGACGCCACGUAUACAUUAUGCGAAGAUAGGUCUUUAAAAGAAAAGUCUUGUCUGGUGGCGAAAUCUUUGUUGUAGUUUUAUUUAUUUAUUUUUUUGUUGUAAUUUUAGCGUGUGUCUUUUUAAGUCGCCAGAAGGGAACAGCAUUUUUUUUGUUGCAUUGAAACAAACAAGGGGUGGGAACAGAAGUUUCCAACUUCAUCUGCAGAAGUUGAGCGCAAAGUUAACGUCUAACACAAGUAACAUGAGUGAAGCAGACCAGCAACGGGAUGAGAUGCCUGCAUACCUGCAGGAUGAGCCUCCCACAGAUACCAAUAAAGACCAUCCCCAGCCCCAGCCUGGCAUGUUCUCUAGGGUGGCUGGUGGUCUGUUCAAUGUCACAAAGGGUGCUGUCGGGGCCACGGUGGGUGGAGUUGCCUGGGUUGGAGGGAAGGGCUUCAAUCUCACGAAAACUGCCGUUACCUCAGUAGCCUCUGUGCCAGCGAUGGGGGUGGGGCUUGUGAAGGGCAGCAUGUCUGCUGUGGCGGGUGGAGUGACUGCCGUCGGAUCUGCUGUUGCCAGUAAAGUUCCCAUUGGCGGAGGCAAGAAGAAGGACAAGUCUGAUUGAAUCAUGUGGCUUGAAGGCUUCUGCAUUAUGUCUUCUUGUUCGACUCCUAAGCAAGUCAUAUUGGAGUUCAUCUUCCAUGUUAUGAGCGUAUUUGGACCAUAUCCGUCUGCCUGACCAGACCAAUAAGAUGACAUUCGUAAGAUGAUGGGCCUUGCUCAACACAAGAACCCUUUGUCUUUGUGUGUUCUUACCGGAAUAUGACAAUAAGUGGGCGUUGUAUUCAGAGUUAUGCCCAAAUAGUUUAUGUCUGAAGUAUACAAUUUCUGACCAGAGAUGGGUGUGUGCGUGAAUUCUAAAUGUUCUGUUUCUGUUUUACUGCGCACACAAAGGCACACCAUUUCAGGCUUCGUAUCUGUGACUGUAGACACAAAUAAUUCACAAACUGUUUACACAAACCUAACAGCCGAAGCCAGUCAGUGAAUUAAUAUGAAGAUCAAUCAAGUGCCCCUCAAGGUGAUGUGUGGAGAAAAUCACAGACUGUGGGGUGCACCACUGAUGGUGGUGCUCUAUCCAUCUUAUUGAUAGUUUGUGAGAUUACUUUGUGCCUUUGGGGUCCACGCUGAUCCAUGCUGCCCUCUCUCAUCAUGUGAAUGCUCUGUGUCCCCUUCAAAACACAAACAUAUUCGCACAUUCUGGGCUGUUGUAUCUGAGGUUUUGUCUACUUUGAUGUAGAUUGUAGAACAACCCUGCUCAAAAAUACACCUUAAACCUGCCUAAGAUGGUUUGCUGGUCUAAAAUGUUGUGGUUUACUGGUGGUGUUCUGCUGGGCGACCAGCUGGCCUGACCAGCUAGGAAGUGCCUAAUGCCCUUCUAAGACCAGCAAACCUGUUUAGGCUGGUUUAAGAUGUGCUCCACUACAAUUGUGGGCCAAAAAUCUGAAUGCUGUUAUCACUAAUGGAUUUUAGGGGAAAGUGUGCAUGUGUGUGUGUGUGUGUGUUAGAUUGACAAUCUUUUUUUAAACAAGUCUGUUUUGAUUACUUCAACUACAGAUGUACUCCCCCAUUAGAUUGACUGUAUUUUUCUCUUUUCUGUGUGUCAUUCCAUCUUGUUUUUUUCACUUUUCUUUUUAUUUCUUUUGCUGUUUUCUCUAUAAUGUGAAAUUUGUAUGGGCCAACAAAGAACCACCUUCUAUUUUUCUUUUUCCUUUACCAAAGAAUUUGGAUGAAAAAAAGUUAAUUGUAUUUGAAGAUUUUUUUGGUGUGUUGUUAAUGUUUAUAUAAUGGAUACUUUAUGGUAUUCAGUGUACUCUCUAUUUUAGUGUCAAUGUAUAGUUGUUUCUAGAUUGGUUUGAGUCUAUUUCAGUGUAUAAUGUGAGUUCAAAGGACAUAAUAAAUAAAUAACAUCA